UCAGAAAAUUUCAACGAGUUCAGAGAUAAUGCAUUUGCGGCCAUGAAUUUUUUCUGUUCAAAUGGUUCAAAUAAAGUGUGUCCUAAUUCAAACGACCCGCCCUUUUACCUGUCGAAUAAUGCGAAAUCACGUGACCCACGCUGGGCGCCAUUUCUUCGUAUAAACAACGACCGGGACGGUGUUUGUGUGUCUUUGAUAAAUUGUGUAAAAUAUUGUGAAAAUAGACUGUUAAAAUGUCGGAAGUCGAAGCCGUUAGUGCAAAUAACGCGCUACCAGAAGAAAACAGUCAAAAUGAGAAAGGAGUCAAGACCAAAAAGGCGAAAUCGUCGCGGUUAUCAACAGUCGAUCGUGCUAAGGAAGAAAGUGAGGCCAUCACAAAGGGGAUUGGUGAGGUCGAAGGGCGUCGUAUCACAAGGUCGGCCGCCAAGGGGGUGACGGCGACUCCGCCGCCCCCAGCUAAGAAAGAGCGCAAAAGUCGCGGACGCCCCAAAAAGGGGUCUCAGAACACAACGGACGAGAGCGAUUCGCACGAUGAAAGCAAAGAUGUGACUAUGACUGAGAACGAGAGUCAGGCCAAAAACGACGAUUCUAAAAAGGAGUCGCCCGUAGAAAAUAACUCACACGAGGAGAAAGAAGAACUGGCGAAUAAUAAUGCCGAAGCGACUAAAGAAGCUGAAGCGACUGAAAACGGCGCGAAAGAAGACAGUGUGGAUGCAUCAACUUCGGGGGAGGAAAAGAAAGAGGAGGAGAAGAGUGAAACUCCGGCUGAAGAUUCAGCAAGACCUGCUGAAGCAGCAGCCGAACAGCCAGCUGAGUAAAUUGAGUUUGUUUUUCCUUUAUUGCGCUGUAGGUUUAUUGAACAAUUGAUAAUUUUACCUAAUAUAACAAAAUACUUUGAAGUUAAGUUGUGUUGUAAUAUAAAUCUUCGGUAACUUUUUGUAAUUAUAUCGAACGGUUAGGUUUGCGACCCAAAUGAUUACUGAUAGGUCGUUUUUGUUCUGGUAUCGAAUCUAACGGUGAUCGUUUGUGAUAAGCGUUAACUAACCCGCAGUUAAUUUUUUUAAUAAAAAAAGAUAGCAUAGGAAAGUACAUAUUCACAUAUGUACCUGAAUCUCUUUUGUCCUUGGAUUUUUUUCAACGUUCGACAAUUUCAGUUUUUUAGAUCUUGAUUUCAUGGAAUAAUUGUUCAGUAGCGUUUUUUAGAGAAAUAUUUUCAAUCAUAUGCGUAAUGAUUUAAACAAAAGUGUAAUCCUGCGGGCACAGGACAAGAGAUUCUUUUCUAUUGUUUAGUUGUGUUGUGUCCUCAGUAAGAUCGGUUAUUAAAAAAUGUAAAUAUAAGUGUAAAAUGUAAAUAUUGAAAUAUUUACAUAAUUUAGAAUACUUUUCUUUUGCACUUGUAUACUUAGUUACACAAUUAUUUGACAGCUGCAAUGAGAUUGUUUUCCGUUAUCAUUUCGACAACUACAUCCAAAUUUUGUAAAGACAUUCUUAGAUUAGUUUUAACAUUUAGUAUGUUUUAUAUAAAGAAUGAAAUAGAACAUGCAUUAGUUAAAUGUCGAAUGUAAUAACAUAAUUUCAUAUUCAAUUUAUAAAAGUAGUUCUGUGGGUAUGUAUGACUGAUGCUAUUUAAAUUAAUAAAUAGGUAUAAGAAAAA